GGAUAUACUAAAAUAUUCUAAUCGGACAAACAUUUCGAGUUCUUUACUUAACCAUACCAAAGAAAAAAAAUAAACCCUAGAAAGAAAAAAACAAAGAUUUUCUUGAAUUUGCAACAAAAGGAAAGGAAGUAUCCCCAAAACAUGUUUAUGGACUCCUUUCCUCUUCCCCAUCAUCAUCAUCAUCAUGAUGUGGCCGCCGCCGCCGGGUCUGACGCCGAAAGCGCGAACUUUAUGGCGGCGGCGGCUCCCGUAGCGGCUGCGGGUUCGUCGAGCCGGUACGAGAACCAGAAGCGGCGGGACUGGAACACGUUCGGGCAGUACCUGAAGAACCACCGCCCCCCGCUGGCGCUGGCGCGGUGCAGCGGGGCCCACGUGCUGGAGUUCCUCAGGUACUUGGACCAGUUCGGGAAGACCAAGGUCCACAACCAGAUAUGCCCGUUCUACGGCCACCCGAACCCGCCCGUGCCGUGCCCCUGCCCGCUCCGGCAGGCUUGGGGCAGCCUCGACGCGCUCAUCGGGCGGCUUCGGGCGGCCUACGAGGAGAACGGGGGAACGCCCGAGACCAACCCGUUCGGGGCUCGGGCAGUCCGGCUCUACCUCCGGGAAGUCCGGGAUCUGCAGUCCAAAGCCAGAGGAAUCAGCUACGAGAAGAAGAAGCGGAAGCGGCCGCCGCCGCCGACUCCGCCGCCAGGUGAAGCUCCACUUCACAUUUGAUAUAGUGUUGCUUGGUUGAUAUGUUUGUGGCUGGAAUAGAGUCAAUAAGGGGGCAGAAGAGGU